GGACAGAACGGAGGCCACUGAGCACAGUGUAAUAAUACAGCAUGUGGGCAAAGUGGUCUCUAUAAACUCUAUAUUAUCUCUAUUGAGAUGUUACAUACAUGUUAUGCAUGUAUCUGCAUUUUUAUUUUACCAGCUAAGAUCCACAUGUGCAUAUAGAGGCACGACAUCUACAAAAGGAUUGAAACACACGCCCCUUAUCACUGGUACAAGCAGGAGUGACAAACAGAUCAAUAAUCACUGCUUGCGGAGGUAAAAUGGAGAACUCAAAGUCAGAACGUGAAGAGGAAAUGUCAUUUCAACAAAGCAGUCCUCAAGAUUUCAGCACGGAUUCGCUCCCUCCAGGACAAGGACUGUUUGCGGACAGAGGCGGACCUGCGUUUCCACACCACCGACUGGUUAUACUGAGCCUGGGCCUGCUGAAUGCUCUUCUACUGAUAUCUGCUGUCGUCAUUGGGAUUUACUGCGCUAAAGCCAAAGACCUCGAGGUCCCUCAGUCGGACGCUGCGCCUCUCACCGUCGAGCUGAACUAUCUCCGCAACCGCAGCGGCAUCAUCCAAGCAAAGCUGGACGCGCAAGCAAAGCUGGUGAAAGAGCGCAACAACCACGUGGAACUAAAGCUGCAAGUGAAGCAGAAGAAAGCCCUCACCGACACCCUUCAGAGGAGAAUUGAAACACUACAAAUAGAGAAGACAAGUCUCCAGUCCAACAAAACUGCCUUAGAGAAAAGCUGUGGCAGAUGCCCACCAGGAUGGAUCCUUCUGAAAUUAUCUUGUUAUUAUUUUUCUCGCAAUGAAAUGGCUUCCAGGAAGAACUGGUCGGACAGCAGGGCAGACUGCCUCAGCAAAAAGGCCGACCUGCUUGUGAUCAACAGCUUGGAGGAGCAGCAACUCAUCAGUGAAAACUUCGUGAGGCAGACCGGCGGUGUCUCCUGGUGGGAGGGCGGAUACUGGAUGGGCCUCACCGACGUGGCGACGGAGGGAACGUGGGUCUGGGUCAACAACGUGACCGAGGUCUCGCCGCUGUACUGGAGGAGCGGGCAGCCUAGCCACAGCGGACCUCUGAGAGGGAACUGCGGGGCCUUCUUGCACUACACGGACAAUUUAAAGACGUGGUUCAACGCGAACUGCACAGACACUCUACUGAACUGGAUCUGUGAGAAGGAGCUGAAGGAGGCAUGAAAACUCGCUGCGAAUGCGGCGCGAAAGAGGAUGCCCCUUUUAAGUUUGACAAGAAAAUUGCUAAUUCAGGUGCAAAUGUGCUAAAAACCCAAACAUAGAACAUGUCUCUGCAUCUCUAGGAACAACAGCACAUCAACAACACAACUGUAACUUAAUAACCAGUCUAAUGAUUUGCAUAUGUAUUUUAAGAUGGAUAACAUUUGACUGAAUAAAAUAAACAGUGACCCAUUC